UCUUUACAGCCGCCAUGGCCCGUGCACUUUAAAGUAAGCAACAGGGCCAGUAAUCUAGAACAUACGAAGUAGCUAGGAAACUAAAUUUCUACUUUUGCUAGGAUCACACCUGACUCUGAUUUUCUGAUCGCGGAGCUCCUUGACACAGAUCGAUCUGUAUUUUCAUCCAUGGCACUUAUUACGUCAUCAGCUCAAGAAGCUUCUUCUUCCAACUAUUCUUCUUCUCGAUUCAGUUAUCACGUUUUCUUGAGUUUCAGAGGCGAGGAGACUCGCAAGACUUUCACUGACCACCUCUACACAGCCUUGACCAAUGCAGGGUUUCGCACUUUCCGAGACGAUGAUGAGCUUCCCAGAGGAGAAGACAUCAUCAAACCAGAACUAGAGAGAGCCAUCCAACAGUCAAAAAGUUCUGUCAUUGUGUUUUCCAAAGACUACGCUUCUUCCGGAUGGUGCCUUGACCAGCUUGUCAUGAUCCUUCAACGCAAGAAGACCUCAUCCAACCAUGUUGUCUUACCAGUCUUCUACGAUAUCGAUCCAUCUCACGUGAGGAAGCAAACAGGGAGUGUUGGAAAAGCAUUUGCUAAACAUCAGAAAAAGCAAUCACCGGAGAAGUUGAAUAGAUGGAGGGAAGCACUUGCACAAGUUGCAGAUCUAGCAGGAAUGGUGCUCCAAAAUGAAGCAGAUGGGCAUGAGGCAAAGUUUAUCAAGAAAAUUGUUAAAGUGAUUGAAGACAAACUGUGUCGCGUGCCCUUAAGUGUUACACCUUACCUAGUUGGAAUUCAAUAUCAGGUUGAAAACAUUAACUUAUGGGUACAAGAUGGUUCAUCUGAUGUUGGCAUAUGGGGAAUUUGUGGUAUUGGUGGAAUAGGAAAGACAACCAUUGCACGAGUUGUUUACAAUUCUAAUUUUGCAAGAUUCGAAGGGAGCAGUUUCAUUGAAAAUGUGAGAGAAAUUUCAGAACAACCCAAUGGCUUAGUUCGGAUACAGAAACAACUCCUUGCGGAUAUUUUGAGUGGCAGAAAAGUGAAAAUACAGAGUGUUAGUGAGGGGAUAUUGAAGAUUAAGGAUGUCAUAGGAUCUAAAAAAGUACUUGUUGUUCUAGACGAUAUUGAUCGUAUGGGCCAAUUAGAUGCAGUACAAAGUAUGAGAGAUUGUUUCUGUCCAGGAAGUAAAAUUAUCAUAACAACUAGGCAUGCAGGGUUGUUAGAGGCUCGUCGAGUUGAUAAGGUGCAAAUGGUUGAAUUUCUAAACGAUGUUCAUUCACUGGAGCUCUUUAGUUGGCAUUGUUUUCGACAGGACCAUCCCAUAGAAGGUUACAUGGAACUUUCAGAAAGGGUAGUUAACCACUGUGGAGGACUUCCCUUAGCUCUUCAGACUCUGGCUUCUUCUCUUUUAGGGAAAAGUUUAGAUGUAUGGCAAAGUGCACUAAAGAAAUUAAAGGCUAUUUCAAACAGUGAAGUUUUGAGUAAACUAAGAAUAAGCUAUGAUUCUUUACAAGAUGACCAUGACCAAAAUUUGUUCCUCCAUAUUGCAUGUUUCUUUAUUGGAAAGGAGAAGAAUGUCAUUGUCAAAAUACUAGAUGGAUGUGAUUUCUACACCAUUGUUGGCAUUCAAAACCUCAUUGACAGAUGUUUGGUGUUUUGUGAUGGUUAUAACAAGAUGAGGAUGCAUCAAAUGAUUAGAGACAUGGGAAGAGAAAUUGUUCGCCUAGAAUCAAAGUAUCCUGAGAAACGCAGUAGAUUAUGGCAUCAUAGAGAUUCUUUCAAUGUACUGAGAGAAAAAAAUGGUUCAAAAAGAAUUGAAGGCCUCGUCCUGAACAUGCAUAUGUACCUCGAAGACAAUCCUUCAAGAAAUUCAGAUGAGGUAGUGUUGGAAACAAAUGCAUUUACAAGUAUGCGCAAACUAAGAUUACUAGAAUUUUGUGAUGUACAACUGAAUGGAAGUUAUGAAGAGUUUCCUAAAGGAUUAAGAUGGUUGUGCUGGGCUGAAUUCCCUUUAGAUUCUCUUCCGAGUGAUUUUCUUUUGGAGUACCUUGUUGUACUUGAAAUGCCCAGUAGUAACUUGAGACAGGUGUGGAAGGGAAUGAAGAACCAGCUUCCAUCAUUGAAGAUCCUUGAUCUCAGCCGUUCCAUUUACCUGACUGAAGUUAGUGAGUUUUCAUUAGUCCCCAAUCUAGAAAAAUUGAUUCUUGAACAUUGUCCAAGCUUGGUUGAAAUCCAUGAAUCCAUUGGAAACCUAGAGAGUCUUGUUUAUUUGACUUUGAAAGAUUGCAAAACUAUUAGCAAGCUUCCAGAGAGUUUUUCUAAGCUUAAAUCACUGGAGACGGUUGUUAUAUCUGGUUGCUCAAAUCUGAAAGAGUUUCCAGUGCAGAUGAGUAAGAUGGAAUCUCUGAAAGUGCUUGAAAUAGAUGAAGUUCCCAUAAAUUGAUUACUCACUACCACAGGGGAGCUCAUAUCAUGGCCAGGAAAAAGUAUAGAUAAUUUUUGGGCUUCAUUCCCCUCAACUUUAGUUGAUUUGAGUCUUAGAAACUGUGGACUUUCUGAUGACGAUUUUCGUAUGGGUUUUAGUAACUUGUGCUCACUGCAGAUAUUGGAUUGAAGCAUGAAUCCAAUUUCUGGCUUACCAGAUUGCAUCAGAGGCCUUGGAGGGAUUGAUCUCCUUAAGUUGCAAAAGUGUACUAGUCUCAAAUCUCUUGUCAGACUACCAAAAGUAGAAGUACUGGAUAUGUGGCAUUGUGACUCGUUGGAAAAAAUAACAUUUCAGUCAUUAUCAUGCAUAUCAAAGAAAAUAGACAUGUAUCUGAGUAGGCGCUCCAAACUAGCUGAGAUUGAGCACUGGUUCAAGUUGGAACCUAUUGUAAAGGUUGAUGUAAAAAUUAUUAACCUUUUAGGUUUUGUGCAACUUGAAACCUCUGGAAGCCAUUAAGAUGUACAACGCCAGUCUUUAUGUAUCAGAGAAAAUGCAUCCCAUUGAUCAUUUUAUAUGCAAGUUCUGUAAUGACUUGGUAUACAUACAUAUUAUAGGGUGUCUGAAUAUGGUAUAUUCAACACAUUUCUUCUUGGAAAUGAGGUUCCGGGGCAGUUCAGCCAUAGAAGCAGUGGUGCCUCCUCAAUAUCUUUUACAGUGCCUUUACUUCCUAACCUCGGGAUUCGAGGCUUCAACUUCUUCUCUAUCUAUGCGAAGUCCAAAGGUCUUCGUUCUGGUCUUUUACCUAAUCAUCAUCCUGUAAUGAUAAGAUUCACUAAUAAGAGCAAGUCUCUGAAGUGGAUCUAUGGGCCGUCAUUCUAUGGCAUUCCAAGUGAGGAAAAAGACAUGAUAUGGUUGAGCCACUGGAAGUUGGGGAAUCGAUUGGAAGGUGGUGAUGAAGUCACUGUUUCAGUGUUUACACCAGAAACAACAUUUUCAUGUAAAAGAAUGGGGCAUUCAGAUUGUGGAAGAACAAGAAGACCAGAUGAUCAGUACCCAAGAUAGCAGCAGCAACAUACAUUCUUGUUAUGAUCCAGAUCAAGAUGUCAAUGACGUAAUUGGUGGAGAUUUGUUAGAGUAUCAGGUGAUGCCAGGAACAUGCUUAGCGGUGGACCUGUAGAAGAAAAUAGAGAAAUGUAUAAUAGUUGGAUCGAUAAGUCUGUUUGGUUGAAUAACAUGUUUGAAGACUCUGCUGAAGAAACAGAAGAAAGGCAGCAACAGCAGCAUCAUAGUGAGUCUGGCAUGAUGCCUGCAGCAGAAGCAGAAGUAGAAGCAGAGAGGGUUUGCAUCGGCUGCAAGUUUGUCAUUAUGGCCAUUAUCCGAUGGUCACUUGCUCUUUGCUCCCCAAGUGAAGGAAAUGACAGGUCCUGAACUCCUGAUGACGGUUGAUGUAAAAGACAAGUGCCAAAUUUUAUAGAUUGAACCACUGACUACAGGGUUGCCAACCAGAGUGCUGCUUGAACCAGAAAUCUGAGAGUUUGAAGAAAAAAGGAAAAGGAGAAGAGGAACCAAUCAUAAUUCAAAGUACAAGAUUAGAGACAGCAGAAUUAGUCGGAAUGUAAUGUAGUUCUCAAAGGACAAUAUCAAUGUCCUCUUUGGAAGAAAAGAAACAACUGGAAAUAAUAAAGACAUGAAAUUUCUUUUUACUUUUA